GCCAUGGUAGGCUACUUUGGGUUAUGACGAUUUAAAAAAAUGAUUUGGUCGGCAUUUUCACAAAAGUAUAUCAUAUUACAAUUAAAUUUGCACGAAAAAAAAAAAAAAAACAGAACUGUAACCUAAUUUGUAGCAAAAACUGAAACCAUGUAUUAUCAGUUCAUUUGUGAUCAUCAUUGGUUUCAUACUGACGUUCACUGAUCUACUUUCGGUUGCUUUCGGAACCAAUCGGAAUUUUCACGAGGAAGCCAUGUUGAAUCAUGUUUGAAUGAACUGCUAGUUGUAAACAAAGUCCGGAGUUCAAAGACCACUCAUGCGCGACCUGAAUCCAGGACGACGAUUCAAAGUUCACAUUGAGUGUGAUCAAAAGGAAGGAAUAUGGGGGAGAAGAAGAUACUUUGCAUAGGGUUGGUGUGUUUAGAUAUCAUCAACGUUGUGGAUAAAUAUCCGGAAGAGGACACUGACAGCAGGUGUCUGUCACAGAGAUGGCAACGUGGGGGGAAUGCGUCCAACUCCUGUACGGUCCUGUCGUUACUGGGAGCCCCAUGCGCGUUUAUGGGGUCUCUGGCACCAGGACCCGUUGCUGACUUCGUCUUGAAUGACUUUCACUUGUACCAGAUUGACAUCUCUCUUCUGCUGGAGUGUCCAGGAAGCUCCUUUCCUGCCUCUAUGGUCAUCAGCAAUUUGACAACAGGCAGCCGCACUAUCCUACACAUGAACAGCUUCAUCACGGGGGACUUUAAGCGGCGUGGGGUGGACAUUUCUGGGGUGGCGUGGCAGAAGGAGGGGGAGACUCCGUGCGCUUGUUGUGUGCUUUCCCUUUCCAACGGCUCACGGACCGUUGUGCUCUCCGACACAAACCUGCCUGAUGUCACUGCUGAGGACUUUUCCCAGGUGGACCUGAGCCAGUACAGAUGGAUUCACUGGGAGGGUCGUAACGCUGAGGAGCAGGUGAAGAUGAUCAAGAGGGUGGAGGAGUUUAACCGGUCAGCCACAGAGAAGGAGAGGGUCACCAUCUCGGUGGAGAUCGAGAAGACCAGGGAGCCGCUCUACCAGCUGUUCCAGUAUGGGGACGUGGUGUUUGUCAGUAAGGAUGUAGCGAAACACUUCGGCUUCGACUCCGCUCCCAGUGCACUGAAGGGCUUGUACAGUCGAGUGAGGAAGGGAGCUGUGCUGAUCUGUGCCUGGGCAGAGAAAGGUGCCGAUGCCAUGGGUCCUGAUGGCGUAGUCGUCCACUCGGAUGCCUUCCCACCUGAGGCGCUCGUGGACACACUUGGUGCAGGCGACACUUUUAAUGCCUCGGUUAUCUACACACUCUCCAGAGGAGGGAGUCUGCAGAAGGCCCUGUCGUUCGGCUGCCAGGUUGCGGGCAGAAAAUGUGGCAUCCAUGGGUAUGAUGGCAUCGUGCCAGUCAAAGCAUGAGCGGUGUGGAUGGUGGCGUGAGAAGGACCCAAAAACGCUCUCCUCUCCAGGCCUGGACGUGGACUUAAAACCCUCAUGCCAGCAGGCUGUGGAACGGCUUUGGCCCCGUUCUGGCCCAGAUCUGGCUCUGAUCUGCACAACAUUAGGUUUGGGUGUGUGUGUGGGAGAGUGUGUAUCUGUCUUGGUUUGGCCAAAGCAAGACAGAUACACACUAUUGGCCAAAGCAACCAAACGGAAAGACUCGUCUGUUGAUAAACAACUUUGAAGCAUGAGCCUAGCAUCUGCCUAGCGCUGUGACCCCUAAUUUGAUUGGUUGAGAAUCAUUAAGGAUGAUAAACUAGUUUGAAAGCUCAAUGUUGCGUAGUUAUUCGCAUGCAUCUGUAUAGGUAAUUCUGUGUUUUUACUACUCACACUGUCUACUGGUUAUUGUUCUAAUUGCUGCUAUUUCAUUUUUUAAAAAUACAUGACCAAACACACUUUUACUAAUUGUUAGUUGUACUUGAUCUAGAUGCACUGCUGACAAAUCGAAUCAAAGUAAUAUCAGGUCUAAUUUAGACAGUGAGAAUGAUUUUUUUUCAUGUACAACUACAUGUACAUCAGACAAUAAACACAAUUC